AUGGUGAUAUUCCUCAAACAAAAAGGACCCCUUGUUAGCACGAAAUCCUGUUCCGAUCAGGUCUUUGUGGCCAAACUGCCCUUCAAAUCGUCGCCGCGAGAAAACUUUGAGUAUCUGGAGUCCCUUCUCCAGUACGGAAUCUCCCCGUACUUCAAUGUCCUGACCACCAAUACAAGCUCCCAAUCAGUGACUAGCACACAGAAAAAGAUCUCAGAGUUGACGUUAUCGUUCCAGCAUCUUCAGCAAACGAUCCAGGUGCCAAAUCUCCUAAUCUCAGCACAUCCAAUCAUCAAGAACACUGUUCAAACAAACCAGUACUUGGCAGCAUUUUCCAUCGAUCUUUUAGACGAAAAUACAAAGACCGACUCGAAGUUUCUCAACGAGCUUCAAUCCAUCGUGAACGAUUGGGCCAAACAAGUCCAAAAUAUCACCCAGCUAGUUCACGAGCCGUCGGAUGGAACAACGCUCGAAGAGGUCAACUUUUGGGCGUCCAAAGAAGUGGCUCUGUUGGCUAUCCAGGAACAAUUGAAAAGCCCGGAGGUUCAGCUGACUCUUGACAUUUUGAGAUCCGCUAAAAGAUAUCACGCAACAGUGACCUUUGCAGAUACAGGAAUUGCAGACUCAUUGAAUCUGACUAUCAAAUAUACCCAACUUCUAAAAGACUUACCCAUUAAUGAUCUUCUGUCGGCCCAAUCACUCGAAAAGGUCGAAGACGCUAUCUUUGCAAUAUUCGAGCAUCUUAGAAAACUCAGAGUCACCAUGUAUCCAAUUCCACGUGCAAUCGAACUCUGCCAGACAAUAGUUGAGGAUAUCAUCCAUUGCAUAAUUUCCAUUCUAUUCAACAAGAACGUCAUGGAGCUGAACUUUGCUGAGUUCAGUGCUACAAGUCACCAGAUCGAUAACGUGCUAGACCAGAUAGCAGAAAACGUCAAGGAAUUCAUAUCUAUGGCCCGCGAACUUCUACGAAAACGGUCCGAUAAGUUCAUCGCGGUGAAGAUCACCAUCCCUGACGAUGUGAGACAGAAAAUGAUCAAAAUCACAGAGUUUAGACAACAACAUGAACAGUUAAACAACAUUAUGAGUCAGGUCGCUCAAAUCAAUAGAACUGCCGAAUAUUCAGAUGACCUGGACGAUGCCUACGACCUAGUCAGAAACUCGAAUCCCUUUAACUUUGGAACAGAUGGCCAACGGGCCUGGUUGCAAGCCGAGAAGAGUUACCUCAAAAAAAUUGCUUCGCUGGAGAACAAACUUAUCGAGCUUCUUAGGGAGUCGCUGCAGCAGUCUGGAAGUCCGAACGAACGUUUCACCACUCUCGAGAAGUACUCAUUUCUUCUGACACGCACCAGUAUCCGAACGUCUAUUUUCGAUCAUCAGCAUGAAUUACUUCAAGUUAUCCAGAACGAUCUUAGCUUGCUUCAAGAGGAGUUCAAACGCCAAAAAUAUACCCAGCAAGUUCUACAGCUUCGAUCUCUCCCUCGCUUCACCAGUUUGAUCAUAUGGGCUGGCCAAGCCAAGUUCAAAAUUGAAUUUCUGGUUUCGAGACUGGAGCUAGUUUUGACCAAGGACUGGUCAAAAUACCCAGAGGGAAAGAAGAUCGAGAGCGAAAUAAAGUUAUUUCUCGAGAAGCUUGAUAUCGACCAGAUUUAUACCGAAUGGCUUGCGAGCUUCAAUGAGAACUCUAAGCAGGCGAUAAUCGAGCAAAAGAUCUUCAAGAUCGACCGAACAGAGUCCAAGGAUUUGAAGAUCAAAGUGAAUCUUUCUGCUACGGAUGCUGAUCUAUUCAAAGAAGUUCAAAUGCUUCAGAUUAUGGGAUUCGAUGUUCCGCGCAACAUUUCCUCUCUCUCGCAAAUACUUGAAACGGUCUAUCCAAUUGCUUCUGCUCUCAACAGCUCAGUGAUCAACUUAGAGUCCACCAUUUCUCAAAUAGAUCAGCUUGGGGAAUUGAAAGUUCUUCUUUCUCCCUAUUUGGAUGCGAUUUUGAACUCCGUUCUAGCUCUUUCUCAGUUCGAAUGGACGGCAUUGGCAAACGCCCAGAUCCUGAUUGACUCCGGCCUUAAUGACCUGGACGAAGUGCGGAUAUUUCAGGCGGCCAAGAAUUUCGAAACCGAGACAAUCGCUCUUCUCCAAAAGUUUGAAUACCUCAAGGCCUCUAGAGACAUGCAUCAAAAGUCUUCAGUCCCAGAUCAAUAA